AUGGCGGGCUGGUCGCAACUACCACCUGAAAUCAAACAGCAUGUUGUGAAGAAGCUCGACUUUAUGAGCAGACACGCCCUAAAAUCCACGUCCUACACGAAUCGUCUCAUUGUGAAUUCAACGUCGCUCUAUCUGCCACGUGUCCGAUUUGGUUAUCAGCGGAAUCGGUGUUUGAUAGUGAUUUAUACGGGUGUGGAGAGAUUUUUGAGAUGGGAAUUUGUGGAAGAUGAUGAUGAUGAUGGAGACGGUGGGAUUACGGUGUACAGAUCCGAGAACACCUACGACUCCGCCCACUUCCACACCAAAUCCCUCCCACCUCAAAAAAACUUGCUCCGCUUCGGAAUCACGUGUCUGAAAACGCUGCUCUCCCACGACUCGAUUCUCAUUCAAUCGUUCGAAUGGAACGUUUCACUACUCGAUGCUCUUAACAUGUUCCCCUCGAAACUAAUCGAUCAUCUCGGUGGAGCCGUGUUCCGUGCCCGCGAGACGGUGUUCAGUAAGUUCACGGGCUCCAACGAACAUUAUCGCGGCGUUUUCCGGAAGGAGGACUUGAAGGCGUGCCGACAAUUCGUUUGCUGUGUUUCGGCGAGCUCGUUGAAACCAGUGAUGGUACACGAUACUUGUCGACUAAAAGAUGGAUUGAAGUUUUACGUGACAACGAUUAGUCUUGACACUCUCGACGACCUUGACGACUUGGAAAGUUUCAAUGAAUCGAUCGAAGACUACACGCGGCUCGAUGACAAAUCACCGUUCUAUUUCUCUUUCCGAGGAGGACAUCUAAUAAAAAAAGGUCAAACAUCGAAUCGAAUUGUGUCGGAUGAUGGUGCGAUCGUUGAUGUCUACCAACAGUCGUCAUGCGGACAGUCGAGAUUCAAAAUGUUGAAAAUUUGGGAGGAAUUGAUGAGAGAGGAGAUGGAGUCCGAAAAAUGCGGUCUCGGCUGGAUGUGCACAAAGUGUUCCGCACCAUUUGAGUACUGGUACCACCAGAAUUUGCCACGUCGAUUCUACCUAGAGCCAUUUUGGCGUGAGACAUUCAUCUCGUUGGACGUUGAGGAUAACGACAAAAUGUACGCGUUGAUCGAACAGGAUGAGGCACGACGACGAAAACAACGGAUUCAGAAGGCGUGGAAGCCGUCGUGGGGAUUCAGAAUGCGUCAGAUUGGUUUUCAGAAUAGAGCGCAGAAAAAGGCGGCGGUGAAGAAUCAGAAGCAAAAAAUGAAUCGGAAAAUGAAAAAGUUGUGGAGAAAAGAGAACAAGAAUGAUGUCAUCGUCACGAAGAAAUCUUUGGGAUUCAGAAUUCGGAUGGGAAUCAGAGAAGAGAUUUACAAAAUGUAUUUAUUCUUCAAAAAAAUGCUCCGUAUUGCUCUUUUGAUAAUCGCGAUUUUGAUUUUGUCGAUAAUUGUUGGAGCUCGUUUCGCUAUUCAAUAUGUUUUGUUCAAAAUUCGAGGGUACUAA